GGAUUUCUGUGGAAGCUGUACAUGACCUCCUAGUCCAGCAAUACAACCAUGACUUUCCUGAGAGUGCGUAUGAGAAGGAGGAAAUGUCUCAAGAGGAUCAGAGAUUCCUGGACAUAAUGAACACCUCAGUGAAACUACAAGAUGGACACUACCAAUUGCCGCUGCCAUUCAAAGGGGAUCCCGAAAUGCCCAACAACCGUCUGAUGGCAGAGCAAAGGGCAGAAUCUUUGAAGCGGAAGUUUGGCAGGAACACCGUCUUCAAGGAAGAAUACACCGCGUUCAUGAACGCCAUGUUGAAAUCUGGACAUGCUGAACUUGUACCUAAAGAAGAAGCGGCAUUGCAAAGCACAAGAUGUUGGUACAUUCCACAUCAUGGAGUACGCCAUCCUAAAAAGGGAAGCUUACGAGUGGUUUUUGAUUGCUCUGCCUCUUACCAAGGAACAUCUCUCAACAACGAACUCCUGAAGGGCCCAAAUCUCACAAACUCCUUGAUUGGCGUCCUGCUGCGCUUCUGUCAUGGGAGCGUAGCCAUACUUGCGGAUGUGGAGAAGAUGUACUACCAGGUGAAGAUACCGCCAGAGCAUGUUGAUUUUCUACGCUUCUUGUGGUGGGAAGAUGGCAACACAUCUCAGCCUCUCAUGGAGUACAGGAUGACUGUUCACAUCUUUGGAGCAACAUCAUCAGCUAGUUGUGCCAGUUAUGCCUUGAGGAGGACUGCUGACGACCACAAAGACAGCUUCUCAGCUGAGACAGUGAACACGGUCCUCAACAACUUUUUUGUGGAUGAUCUGCUGAAGUCUGUGGACUCUGAGACCAAUGCCAUUCAACUGCACAAGGAACUGAAGGCUCUGUGUGCGGCAGGAGGUUUCAACCUCACCAAGUGGUCCAGUAACAACCGAGCUGUCCUGGCCCACAUUCCUGAAUGUGAAAGAGCUAAGGGAGUGAAAGACUUGGACCUAGACUUGGAAGACCUGCCAAUGGAAAGGGCCCUUGGUGUACACUGGAGUGCAGAAGAUGAUGUCUUCAAGUUCCAUGUGGCCCUCAAAGAACAACCAUGCACCAGGCGAGGCAUUCUGUCUAUGGUCAGUUCAAUGUAUGACCCGCUAGGGUUUCUUGCCCCAGUGACCUUUCCAGCAAAACACCUGCUGCAAGAACUUUGCCGACUGAACCUUAGCUGGGACGAAGACAUACCCAACACCCUGGCGCAAUCUUGGAAACGUUGGCUGCAGAACCUUGAGACUCUCGCAGACUUCAACAUCACCCGCAGUUUCAAACCGAAGGACUUUGGAAAGGUUGAACAUGCACAAUUGCACCACUUCUGCGAUGCAAGUGAAGUGGGAUAUGGCAUGGUUACCUACCUGAGGUUUGUCAAUGAUCUGGAGCAGGUGCAUGUGAAAUUUGUGAUGGGGAAGUCUAGAGUGGCACCGUUGAAGUUGAUGACAAUCCCACGACUUGAGUUGACUGCUGCAGUACUGGCCGUUCGUAUAGACCGGAUGCUCAUUGAAGAAUUGAAAAUGGACCUGGAACCAUCCGUGUUUUGGACAGACAGUACGACUGUCUUAAAGUACAUCAAGACUGAUAGCAGACGAUUUCACACAUUUGUUGCCAAUCGUGUGAAUGCGAUCAGGGGCAUGUCUGAAGUGUCACAGUGGAAACAUGUUCCUGGAAAACUGAACCCUGCAGACUAUGCGUCGCGUGGAUUGAACGCCCCCGAGUUCCUGAAAGGCAACAAUUGGAUCAAUGGUCCUAAGUUCCUGAAAGACUUGGCCAAACACUGGCCCAACUCACCUGUUGACCCUACGAUUCCACCAGACGACGCAGAGUUGAGAAGAGCAGUACUUGAAGUUCACGCCACUGUUGCCAGUCACCAUGAUCCCACUAGCAUGUUACUGAACUACUUCUGCACUUGGAAUAAGCUCAGAAGAGCUGUUGCAUGGUUCUUGAAGCUAAAGAAUAUACUUACCCGACGUGUCCUCAAAAGAAAGGGAAUGUUGAAGGAAGUUGAGGCUGGACCCAUGGCACUUUCUGUUGAAGACCUAGAAAAGGCAGAAGAAUCAAUUGUGAAGUUUUGCCAAAACCAAGGAUUUCCUCAGGAAAUGGCAUGCCUGCGCAAUGGAAAGAAUGUCAGCAGGAAAAGCUCCAUCUUCAAACUGGACCCGGUACUUGACCAUGGCGUAUUAAGGGUUGGUGGCCGCCUGAGCAGGAUGGCUAUGCCAGAGGAGCAGAAACAUCCCGCUAUCAUGCCCAAGAGGCAUUUUGUCUCAGAGCUUCUGCUGCAACACAUCCAUAAGCAAGUUGGUCAUGGUGGCAGAAAUCACAUUUUGGCAAGCUUAAGGAAAAAAUACUGGAUUCCUUGUGCAAAUUCCUUUGCAAGGGAAAUUGUAAGCAAUUGCUUCCCCUGCAGGCGAAACUAUGCACGUGCAGGUGAACAAAAGAUGGCCGAUCUGCCAAUUGAUCGCUUAACCCCUGACCUCCCUCCAUUCUCACACGUUGGAGUGGAUUACUUUGGACCAAUAGAGGUGAGAAGAGGGCGUGGCAUGGCAAAGCGUUACGGUGUGCUAUUUACUUGCUUGACUACCACAGCAGUCCAUUUGGAAGUAGCACACUCAAUGGAUACAGACUCCUGUGUGAAUGCGUUCAGACGCUUCAUAUCCAGAAGAGGCCAAGUAAAGGAAUUAAGGUCGGACAAUGGAACUAAUCUGAUCUCUGCUGAAAAGGAGCUACGGGAUGCACUGAAACUUUGGAACAUGGAUCAAAUUGAGCGCAGCCUCACCCAGAAAGGUGUCAAGUGGACAUUCAAUCCUCCAGCCGGUGCCCACCAUGGAGGUAUUUGGGAGCGCAUAAUAAGAAUGGUAAAAAAGGUCUUAACUUCCAUCACAAACCAGCAGUCUUUGGAUGAUGAAGGUCUAGUCACAGUGAUGUGCGAGGUGGAAUCCAUCCUAAACAGCCGUCCAUUGACAACCGUUUCCAAUGACCCCAAUGACUUGGAACCCUUGACGCCCAAUCACCUACUGCAGCUUAAGGUCCAACCCGUGCUUCCACCGGGAACAUUCAAACAGGAAGACUUGUAUGCCAGGAGACGGUGGCGACAAAUACAGUAUAUCGCAGAUCUUUUCUGGACACGCUGGAUACAGGAAUAUGUCCCACUCAUGCAAGAACGAUCCAAAUGGUCCCGCAUCAGGCCCAACUUCUGUGUGGGAGACAUCGUAGUGAUAGCUGAUCCUACAGCACCACGAGGCUCAUGGGUGAUGGGAAGAGUCAUCGAAGCCAUAGCGGACUCCAAGGGCCUUGUUCGUUCUGUGAGACUGCAAACAAGAACCAACCAGCUCCUAAGGCCCAUCAGCAAGAUCUACCUGCUGGUGAAGGCCAACAACCAACAUUGA